AUGGGCAGUAAGCAAGCUAAGCAGACGCCUCCUUCUUCUUCAAGCACCUCGCGUAGUAACCCGCCGAGUGCGUCAUCAAACUUUGACCCCCCUGCAGCUGUCUCAUCAAAUUCUUCACACUCGAGGUCGGUACCGCCCCCACUUCCUGCACAAUCACUGCUGGAGACGAAGUUGGCCGAGGUGGAAGUAUCUGCAGUUUUCUCGCAGCCCGAGCUGCUGAUUAUCCGCAAGCAUUUGGCGGCGGUACUAGACCAGCACGAGAAUGAUGCUGUUGUGAUACCAAAAGAUGAAUUUUUCCGAUUUUUGGCGGGAGGAGACGGCAGCACCUCCAGCCUUUAUGUCAACCGUCUCUAUGCAAUCUUUGACAUGACCAAGAAAGGACAUGUAACAUUUGAAGACUUGAUGAAAGGGUUGUCCCUGCUGAGUCAGAAGGCGACACGAGAGCAGAAAUUGAUGCUUUCCUUUUACCUACUUGAUCCCGAGGGCACGGGUUUCAUCACUAAAAAGAUGACGACGGAAUUACUGCGCUCUUGUCUUGCAGAGUGCAAUGAGCUGGAAAUUUCGUUGUCUGAAAAAGAACUGGCCUACAUUGUGGACAAUACCUUUUUGGACGCCGACCUUGACCGUAACGGGGUGAUUGAUUUAAAUGAGUAUCAGGCUCUCGACGCAAAACAUCCGGGUCUUUUCGAUUUUCUCACAGUAGACGCGUUUGGUGUGCUCAGCCACCUCGAAAAAGUUCACAGCAUGAGUAUUACAGUCCCUCAGUAA